AUGUCUAUAUUAAGGAUCAAGAUUGGUGGAGUUAUAAACCAAAGAAAGCUGAUGGGUGGGCUUGGAAAAAGAUUUGUAAUGUUAAGGAGGAGCUCUCACAGGGGUUCAGAGAUAAAUGGCAACAAGUAUUCCAUUGCUGCAGUUUAUAAAUGGAUGCAGAACAGUGCUGAAAAGGUGGAUUGGACGGAUUGGAUCUGGAACAGAUAUAACAUCCCCAAAACUUCCUUUAUAGUUUGGCUAGCUAUGCUUAACAAACUCAAAACCAGAGAUACUUUGAUGAAACUGGGAAUUAGUAACACUGAUAGAUGCCUUCUCUGUGAUGCUGCAGUGGAGAGUCAUAAACACCUGUUUUUUUAUUGUCAGUAUAGUAGAAGAUGCCUGCUGUUAAUAGGGAAAUGGCUUGGAGUCAGAGAAGUCCAUUUUGAUAUUCAGAAAACAUGGAAGCACUGGAAGAGAUGUUUCAAGGAUCCAAUUUUCAGAAAGAUCAGUUUUGCUAGUCUUGCAGAUUUAGUGUAUAAGCUUUGGUCUGUUAGAAAUACUGCUUUCUGGAAUCAUGCUAUUCAGAUUCCUGAGAUCUUAUGCCACAAGGUUUGCUCAGAAGUUGUAGAUCGUUGCCACCAACUGAUCAACCAGAAUUGGAAAAGAAAGCACUGUUAA